AUGAAAAUUUUUUUGUUUUCAUCUAAAAAAUGGAGUCCUGCUUUACAAAUUCGUACCGUCCUUUUAUCUAUUCAAGCUUUAAUAAGUGCACCUAAUCCCGAUGAUUUUUUAGAUGCUGAUGUUGCUGAAAAAUGGAAAGCUGAUGAAAAUGGAGCCAAAGCUAUAGCACGUCAUUGGACUCAAAAAUAUGCUCAUGAAAUUUAG